AUGCAGUGUAACGGUCAAAGUAGUUAUUACUUUGAGAAUCAUAAAUAUUGUGAUGAUCUAUCACCAUAUUUCGGUGAAAUUGAUUUAGAUCAAAUAUCCGGCGUAUGGUAUGGUGUUGAGAAGAUUCCCCAUACUAAAGGGGAGUAUAAAAUCGAACACACUAAGGAGUGUUUUCAUAUCGACAUAAGAGAAGUGCAUACAGAGCCUACGCCACCAACGUCCUAUCUGCCAUUAACUAACUCACCGUACGUGAGUCGCAGUUACGGUCUCCCGGAGCAAUAUCGUAUCCGGCAUUUUGUCCUCGAAUGGAACGAAGGUCUCUGGAGGGACGAGUACCAUAUCAAGGUCAAUACAUCGCAUAAAGGAUUCUGGCCCACGGACGUGCCUAAUGGAUCUGUUGAGAAAAUGUACCGUUUCUUCGGUGGAGUUAUACAAGUACUGAAGGUGGCAAAGAAUCAUUUGGUGUUGAAUUUCUGCAUGCGGCUGCCGCAUUCUCAGCUCUACAGCGUGGUGCUAUCCAGGAACGAGAACCAGUUGACUCCAGAAGACCUUGCCGGCAUCCAUAAUAUUUUUACUAUGAAGCACUUAUCCACAUCUGCCUUGAAACUUGCGAGUGUCACCAUGUAUCCAGUGGCGCUGCUCGCAAUAUUCACCGCAGCAACUCCCCAAGCUCGGGGGCUAUGCGGCGAGAGCAUACGCUGGUCGCAUAGUUUUGACGUGGACGACAUAUUCGGGCUGUGGUACGGCGUGGGAUACGCACAGCACACGCCCGACAUGACUAACAAGCCCGAUGAAAUAGGUUGCGUAUCCCUCUACAUUACAGACGCCACUUACGAGGUCCGCAAUGAUUGGCUCAACUGGGCUGUCCCGAAGAAUAACAACAAUGACCAGAUAUGGCGGUCGUAUAAAAGCAACCCGUGGUCGGAAUAUGCUAUGUCAGGUUCAUGGCUUGACAUACCCCUGAAAAGACCCGCAAAAAGAAGCACCAAUGAGGAGAGGCGCAUAAGAGUACUGUGGGACGAAGACGGGCAGACUAUGGAGCAAAUAUAUCUUUACUCUCCAGAGGACCCGGGCAUUUGGAUCGCAGAGAAAUUGCGACCCCUGGAACGAGAAAUGAGGUCUAGAGGAAUAGAUAUAUGGUACCCAGAUGAUCCACCGCGGCAUCCUGAGCACGGGGCAGUCGCACACCACUGCCCGCCUCAUAACAAACACGCGACAUCUCUCCCAUCGGAAGACCACUCGGGAACACGGGAAAUGUACCGUUCGGUAGCCAUUUUGACGGCCUUCGUUGCGUUCACAGAAGGUGCCAGCUACCAACGCUACGAUGAAACUACUAGAUAUCCCAGUUACACCACCAUUGCCAAUAUUUACAACCAGUAUCCAUACAGGACGGGCAGCUACGGUAGCGACAUUGCAACAUUUCCGGACGCCGGUAGGUACCCGAACUACAAUCUGGGAUACUCGACAACCAGGUACAACAGCUACAACACGGGAUCGAACGCUUUUAUGCAGCCGGGCUACACCACCCCUCAGUAUGGGACUAAUUACGGGCAAGAUUUUACAUCGUACGAAGCCCCGUUUAUGAAAAACGUAAGGGAUUACUGCGUGAACCGGUCACCGCAGACCGGGAUAUGGGUGGAACAUUUGACCGGUAUGUGGACGGUUAUGGGUGUAUGGAAAGUGGCCGAACUUUAUAUGCAUUUGAGCAAAGAGGGAGUAAUCACAUAUAACAGCUGUCCUAUCAUCACCAUAUGGGAAACGGACGUCAUUCCUCGGUCUACUUUCGGUCCAUCUACAGAGAACCAGCUAUUCCACGUGCAGCAUAUAAACGCCAAAUUCAGGCAGGAGUUUAGACACUUACGUCUGCUUUGGAAUGAAGCCGGCCAAACCAUAGAGUAUGCUCUGUACUUUCGAAACGAUUCCGCUGGCUACUGGCAGGUUUUCGACGGACAGAAUGGUACUUUAACUAAUCGCCCAUCAUACCAGCAAUUCAGCGGUACAGUUCAAGUGCUUAAGGCCGUCAACGACCAUUUACUUUUAAACUUUUGCCAAGAAGGAACGGUCUCGUCACCAGCUCAGCUAUACUCUGUGCUCUUCUCUCGCGAUCCCGGAAGAAUGCCGCGAUGGGAACGUGACUCUGUCCACACUCUGCUGCAGAAUAAGAAACUAUCCGUGGCUUCAAGGAGAAUAGUAUGUGGAAACAGUGCUGAUAGACCAUAUGGUAUGGUGGUCUCGAUAAUUACAUGUCUUUUGGCGUAUGCUAUAAGUUUAGCG